GUUUUCAGUUUUCCUUCCUCUCCUUUUGACCCAAGGAGGGAAAAGCAAGAAACCCCAGAGCUUCCAGAUUUCUCCCACGGGGGAACCGCGAGAGUCCCGCCAUGGAAUUGAAGUAUCGCCUCGUCUUUCCCUUCCUUGUCCUCCUCGCCUUCUUUCCCAACUCGUCUCGUUCUGCUAACCCACGAUGGGUUGGGGAAGAGAAAACGCGGGGAUCGGUGAUCCGGAUGAAGACGAGUGGAUCUUCAGCCGGUGUCGAUCCUACUCGGGUCACACAGCUCUCGUGGAGGCCAAGGUGGGAAAAAGAAAAGUUUGAGACUGUUCAAUCUGAAUGUGGAUUUGUUUCUGAAAAAGAAUUGCGUUCUUGUAGGGCUUUUCUCUAUAGGGGUUUUUUGUCUGAUGAGGAGUGUGAUCAUCUCAUGAACUUGGCGAGGGACAAGCUUGAGAAGUCGAUGGUGGCUGACAAUGAAUCUGGUAAGAGUAUAGAGAGCGAAGUCCGGACGAGCUCAGGAAUGUUUCUUGGGAAAGCUCAGGAUCAAGUUGUUGCUGAUAUUGAAGCUAGGAUAGCUGCUUGGACCUUCCUUCCUGUGGAAAAUGGAGAGUCGAUUCAAAUAUUACACUAUGAGCAUGGUCAAAAGUAUGAACCUCAUUAUGAUUAUUUCCAUGACAAGGCUAAUCAAGAGUUAGGUGGCCAUCGGGUGGCUACUGUGCUGAUGUAUCUGUCUAAUGUAGAGAGGGGAGGAGAAACGGUUUUCCCUCACGCAGAGGGAAAGUUGUCUCAACCAAAGAGUGAUGACAUUUCUGAUUGUGCUAAAAAUGGUUAUUCAGUGAAACCCAUGAAAGGCGAUGCCUUGCUGUUCUUCAGCCUCUAUCUGAAUGCGACCACGGACACUAGCAGCUUGCACGGGAGCUGCCCUGUCAUUGAAGGCGAGAAAUGGUCUGCAACCAAGUGGAUCCAUGUGAGGUCAUUCGACAAGCCGACGAGGAGCACAGCUAGCGGAGAAUGCAAGGACGACAAUGCGAGCUGCCCUAUGUGGGCCAGGGCCGGCGAGUGCCAGAAGAACCCUCUCUACAUGGUUGGGUCCGAGGAUUCUUACGGAUUCUGCAGGAAGAGCUGCAAGGCGUGCUCGUCGUAGAGUAAGGAGUUGCUUCUGUGUUUAGCUUCCACAUUCUUCUUUUACACUGUCAAGAGUCAUAGCCGCGAUCUGAUGUACAUAAACAUCGAGAGCUGUGUUCUCCGGAGGCGCCAUAGUCGCAGAAAUCUACCUCUCAAACUUUUUGUUGCUGUCUACGUACCCGACGGGAUUGUACUUGUGGGUUUCUCUCAAAGCCCAGAUAAGAUGACAGUGGUUCAUGUUAAGAAAGUAUUACUACAUUAAUAAGUUGAAAUCGCCUGCAGUGCACUUAUUUUGGCA